AUGCCGGUGGACAUGAAGGCGCUCCUGGCGCGGGAGCGCGAGCGCCGUCGCGCGGCCGCCUCGGGAGACCCGGCGGGGGCGGCGACGGCUUCGUCUUCGGCCGCGGCGACGGCGCCCGUCGUCAUGGCUCCGCGCGCGAAGAUCUCGCUGCGCGACUUCGACGUCGGCGAGCGCGCGGGCGUCCGCGGACUGCACUACGUCCCCGACUUCAUCUCGCCGGACGAGGAGCGCGCCGUUCUCGCGGGAAUCCACGCGCCGGGCACCGAGUCCCGUUGGGUGCGCAGCGGCCGACGCCGCGUCGCAAACUACGGGGGCGUCCCAUCCUCGUCGGAGGUGACCGAACCCCUUCCGCAGUUCGCGACGUCCCUCCUCGAAGCCAUCGCGUCCGCCGGCAUCGUGAACGAGCGCACCGCGCCGAACCACGUGCUCGUCAACGAGUACGUCGCCCCUGCGGGCAUCUCACCGCACAACGACGGCGACGUGUACGCCCCGCACGUCGCCAUCGUCACCCUGGGAGGCGCCGCGCUCAUGGACUUUUGGCCAAACGACGGAUCCGUCACCGCCGACGACGACCGACGCGACUGCGACGAACGCGAACCGACGCCCAUCGCGCAGGUGCUGCUGCGACCGAGGAGCUUGCUGCUGUACACGGGGGACGCGUACGGGUUGAGGCACGGGAUACGGCAUCGCGACGUCGACGUCGCGACCGAUCGAUGCGUCAACGCCGCAGUCGCGGGUGUCGAGAUCGGCGACGAGGUCGAGCGGGGGCGGGUCAGGUACUCGGUGGUGUUCGUUCGCAAAGGGCACGGCUAG